AUGUCGAUAUUUACUGCUAUGAAAGAUUUAUCAACAGUAAGCAGUCCAUUUCCACCAAAUGAUAACAUAAAUGCCCCUACAGCUCCAGUAGCAGGAGACCAGUCAAUUGAUCCCUCAUUAAGCUCCCCUUACAGAUCACAUGAGUGUAAAUGCAGGGAUCUGUCAUAUACAGACUAUGAACAAUAUUUUGUUGAAGAAGCUCUUGUCCAGAAAUUGAGAAGCGAGAUAAAUAUUUUGAUCAAAGAAAACAGGCAGUUCAAAGUUAGGAUUCAGGAAAUGCAUAGAGGCUUAGAUCACAAUGAUAGCUCAGUCUACACCAUGAGUCUUGGACCAGAUUUUGAUGAAACAAAUUUUUCCAUUGAUGAACAGGACAGUGAGGGAAUAUGUGGCGCCAGGUCAAAUCUUGAAUUCAAUGAGGAGAACUUUGUUCAGUACGAGCUGGAGUUGACUGAUGAAAGUGCCCAAGCUAAGUUUAAUGGGAAAAAAGUUGACAACAGUUUUUCAAAACGACGCAGAUUUUCAAGGGCUUUCAAAGGGGAUGAUAGUGAGCCAGAGAGGAAUCAACUAGAUGAGCCGCAUGAUGAACUGAAGAAGGACAGAGAUGAACUGAUAGAGGAAAAAGAACAAGAGUCCAAGAACGAUGAAGCUGCGCUGUGUAACAAUGAACAAGACAAAAUUGUAACAGCUGUUUUAACUGAAGUGAAGGUGAGACGAGGCAUCCUAGAAUGUUUAAAUAAUUUAAAGAAAGAGAACAAUUAUUGCAUGCAUCAAAUUGGAGUGCGUCGUGUGCGCCGUGGUGGAGGACGAUACAAUGAUAACGCGGAUAUCGGUCCUAAUGCAGAACAAUUUAGAAAGCUGUUUGUAAGAGGAUUGAAUUACAAAACUGAGGAAAAUGGUCUCAGGAAACACUUCGAAACAUGGGGAGAAAUAGUUCAUUGUAAAGUAAUACGUGACCACAAUACCAAGAAAUCCAAAGGUUUUGGUUUUGUUACAUACAAGGAUUCAGCAAUGAUUGAUAUAGUCCAAUUAAACAGACCGCACACAAUUGAUAACUGGGAGGUUCAAACAAUGCGUGCAAUGCCGAGAGAUUUUGCAGAUACUGAACAUCUCUCAGUGGAGCAACUGUUUAUUGGAAAAAUGAAAGAAGACACAACAGAAGAACAAAUAAGAGAAGUGUUUGGACAUUUUGGCAACAUUAAGUCUGUGAACUUUAUAAGAGAAAAGAGAACAGGCAAAGUUAGACCUUUUGCCUUCGUCAGUUUUGAAGACUAUGAUUCAGUGGACAAAGCUGUUUUAAUAAAGACCCAUGCCCUGAAUGGGCACACAGUAGGGGUUAGAAAAGCUUUUUCUAAAGAAGAAAUGACAGGUGGUGGCACAAUGAAAGGAGGUAGAUAUUCAGCUCGUGGAUGGAGUCCAUAUGGAGGUUCCAUGUCUAGAAGAAGCCCCUUGAAAAUGACUCUAAUGAACGCCUGUGUAUUUACCCCCAGCCUUGAAAAUGACACUAAUGAACGCCUGUGUAUUUACCCCCAGCCUUGA